AUGGCACCAAUAGCAUCUGGAUCUCAUCACUCUGCGCCACCCAAAAACAGCCAUAAACUCCCAUCGUUGGCAGCUGCAUUGGCUGGUCAUGAUCAGUCGUUCGCCUCGCCGCCGCCCACACCACCACCCGCGCAAACACUCCCGUCCAUUCAAAGCCUACACGCCACCAUCUCUGGCAUGAACCCCUAUGAUCCUCAGUUCAACAGCAUGGGCCGAAUCGACUAUGCCCAUCAGGAUGGCCGUGAGACCAUGUCGCUAGAUCGGCCUCGGAUGCACAGCGGCGAGAGCUCCUCUGCCCAUGAACAACAGUCGCACAUGUCUGCCAGAGAUUACCAGUAUGGCUCAAACCAUGGGCCGGCAUCACAACCUCGUGAGAUCCCUCGCGGCGGCUCUUCGUACUAUCAACCUCGUCAUCCUUACUCCGUCUCCCAUGAUGCGACCACCUCUCCUUCUCACUUGAAAGAGGGUAGAUAUCAGUCUUACCCGGAACAUACACGGAGAGCAAGCCCUUCCGAUAUGGAAGCCACGUAUGCGGAGCCCGAGCGAGACGUGAAAAUGGAUACCGACAUGGCACCGAUUCCCGAGCGGUCUGCGGCGCCUUCCAAGGGUCGGCGAGGCAACCGGACGUCAUCUGGCUCUGCCCCGCUGGAAGCAUCAGCCCCUCCUCCACCCUCAAAGAAGUCGCACCCACGCAAACGCUCAAUAAUGAUGGUGGAGGACGAGUCAGUCGCUGGCAAGCAGGCCUCCGUAUCCAUCAACGCCGCAGGAGUCAAAACUUACGAGUGUCCGACAUGCCACAAGACCUACAAGCACGCCAACUGUCUUCACAAGCACAAGUGGGAGCACACCGAGUACUGGGCCUUCGCUUCACAAUUCUCGAUGAGCAAACAUCAACAAGUGCAAUUGCUCGAAGCUGCUAGUAUCCUGGUUGCACUGGGUCAGGGCAACGCGCCUGCGUCCGAUGGCCAACCUUCCAAGAGCGGAAACGUCGGUGGCGGCGAUAUGCUCCGUGAAGGAGCCGAAGUUGAGGAAUUUGACCGCGGCGGUGUGGAAGCGUCAAGCAGCGGUGGCAGACGGGUCAAGCGGGAGAAGUUGGCACGAGACAGCAAAGGAUCGCAGGGACCGAUCGAGGUUGAGGGUUAG